GUCUUUUUAUCUGAAUGACCGCCAAAUUUUUAUAGAUUUUGCCAUCCUCGCCGUCCACAGAAAAUAUUUAUUUGUUUUUAUUGUAAACUUUGCAAAUACUGUCACCUAGGGGGUCACGACGUCCGAUUGCCCCCAUAGAUAGGACAUCGAAAGAAGCAGCUGUUGAUGUUUCACUUGGGAAGAGAAAAUCACUCCUCUACUUCCAAAAAUAAAUGAGCCUUCACAGGUGAAUGGAAUAAAAAAUGGAGAUGAGCAAUGGUCCCCCAAUAAUGGAAUCAGAAGAGGCUAAAAAAGAGAUCUUAAAUUCUCUCUUCCAAACUAUCAAUGUAGCCAAAGAACAUUACAAAGACCUCGUGAAAACAACUCAAACUGUGUAUCCAGGAUUUGAGUUCGGUCAUUACGAUGUCCACCAUCUUCCAUUUCUUAAGAUUGACAAAUCAAUAGAGGAAGCUGAUUUAUGGUCCAUCAUUCAACUGCUACGGAAAUAUUCAGCUGUGCUCAAUCACAUGACCCAGGGGGAACAACUAGAGGAAGAAUACCGCCUUUCCAUUAUGCAAGCUAGAUGGAACAUUGACCAACUUGUGGAUUAUGCCACUUUUAUGGCAAGAAUUAUGGAAGAAAAGGACGUCACAGACGAAGGUCCACUCGUACUUCCAGACGAACUGAAGUUAGCGUCCAGUCCAUCCAAAAGACAGAGAAGAGAUAUUUUGACCAUCAGGGAUUAUGGGAAACUUCUGUGCUACAUUGAAAACGUACUGAUGCAAUAUAAUGUUUAGAGCUCUCGAGAACGCCAUUUUGUCAGGAUAGACACAUGAUCUGUAAAAAACAAAGCUGAGAACUCUCAAUUGCAAUUCAAUGGAUAUAAACAUCAAAAAUCAUUGAAUUAUUCAUUUUAGCUACGGAAGUCAUUGGUUCAUAAAUUUCGUGGGCAAAAGUGCAAUUUAGCUAAGACAACGAUAAGAGCUGGAAAAAAUUCUCAAGAGAGAGAUUAAAAACCAAAUUUAAAACUAAUCUAAAUAUUUCUAAACGAUAAAGAGGGGAAAUAAUGAUAAGUCAUAUUUUAAACGAUUCAAGAAAACGUUUCCACAAUUUCAAUGUCUUCAGUAAGAAGUUUCUGUGUAUUCUGUAGGGUUUAGCAUUUGGAAAAAUUUUGAGAACUUCAAAAACACAUAUACCUCAAGAACAGCUUAAAGUAAAAAUAUCACCUAUUUUAAAAGCGUAGUUUAUGACUAUAUUUCAUUAUAUUUAAUGCAUUUUUAAUCGAAUGCAUGAAUAUUUUGAGGUAUUGAGUUAGGUGUUGAGUUGAUUUUAAAGUGUGGGCUUAGGACCCGUUUUUACUGCAUACGAUUCACGAACCUCCGACAACCAUCGAGAGAGAAGAACAUGAUUGGUUUAGCUUUUCGCGGGCGAAUACAUUUCACCAAUUGGGUUUUAAUUCUCCUUCGACGAUCAUCGUAUAUGCUUGAAUCGCAUGCUGUGAGAAUAGGCCUUUUAAAAAUAAAAAAAUAUUCAUUUACAAAUUAUGUUCGAUAUUUUAAUCCAUUCGAUGUUCGUCCCAAAUUUGCUGAAUUUUUUUUAAAAAAUCCAAACAGCUAGUACAUUUUUAAAAAAGAAGAAAACAUUAUAAAACGUUUUUUCUUGUAGGCAUAAGUGACUUCAGUUGCGAAUGACUUUAUUUAUAAAUGAACUUUUCAAACUCAAAUUAUAAGAAAAAUAAUAUGAAUACAACUUUUAAGCAACGAUUCCACACAAAUCGUCUUUUUGAAAUAGUUUAGUUUUAUUUUUAAACUUUCGUUCUUGAAUUAAAUACGUUGUCUCAAUACAUGCUUUGCUUUGAUAGUUGUAUAGAAAUAUUUUAUAAACUGCGUGAAUGUAAAUAUUAGAAAUUAAUCUACCUCAUAGAACAUGCGAAAGUAGAUUUGACCUCUUAAAACCUUGUUUAACAUUAAAAGCGUUAAAGAAUGAAGAAGAAAAACUUUUUUAUGUUAAAUUGAAAUAAUACAGAAGUCGACAUUAUUUUAAUACUCAAAGCACCUCAUCAGGAAGACACGAUGAAAAUUUUUAGAAACAAUCAAUUAACAUGUAGAAUACUGACUUAGAUAUAUUUCCCCCUUUAUGAUUAAGAAUAAAAUAUUUUCUUACAAAAUAUUAAUCUAUUACUCUGUUUAGUGAAGUGGACAAAACUCGUUUAGAACUUUUUGUAAUUCUAGAGAAGUGUAUUUUUUGCCUUAAAUAGUUUUGCUACUUUAUUUUUCUACUUGAGGAUAAUAUUUGCGAAUGCUGUGCUUAUUUUGAGAUUGCUGCGCUUAAGAUUAAUGCAUUUAUUUAUCUAUGUGAAUAAUGCAUUUAUGCUUUUAUCUACGUAAGAAAUAUAAAGGUGCGCCUUUAUAUUUUUUAUAAAAAUUCGAUGCAUUUCUGUACAGUUGCAUUGAUUUUAGCUUUUAAAUUGUUAGCAAAUAUUCUACUGUUGAGAAAUAUUAUAAAAAUACAAAAUACGUUCAAAGUUUGAAAAAGUUUAGUAUUUUUUACUUAAAAUGAAAGAUGUUCUUUAAUGACUGCCCAUCUUCUUUUGUGGCUCUACAGCCCAAUGUAGGCAUUGUCCUGCUAAAUAAUGUGGUUCCUAUAUUUUAUUUUCUUGACGAUGGAGUUUUAGUUGGACAUUUUAAUUACAGUUAGAUCGUUUAUUUAUAUCAUCUAAUCAUCACUUUUUGGAACUUGAGUACAUUUCAAAUUAGAUAUUUUUCUGGCCCAUAUUUUCAUUCAUUCUCAUUGACCGCUCUUAAUAUGUAUUUUAGGAUUCUUGUUGAAAGUGAAACAAAAAUUAUGCUCAUUGCAUUUAAUAGUUCGAGAGCUUAACCUUAAAUAUGGUAGUUAACUAAAGCAGAUGUGUUUAAGUUACGAAAGGAUAAUUUAAAUUACGAAAUCAGGCACAAAAACGUACUUCAUUUGACAUGCAUUUUUUCAGAUGGAUUUGGAUUUUUUACUCUCGAUACGGGGAGGGGAUAGCCGCAAUUUUGAAAAUAUGACCCCCAAUAGUUUUGGCAGAAGACCUAUCUGAAGUUUCCCUUCCUUAAUUUUAAUUUCGUUUUUUUCCAUACACGAAUUUUAAAAAAAAUCAUAACAUUCGCUUCAAAAAUAAAAUGCCAUGCAAAAAGUGCUUUAAUAAUUAUUUAUGGUUUUUUUAUUGUUUUGAUUAAUAAUAGUAAAAAUAUUAAACAAAAAUAAUGAAUUGCGAGGUAUGCAAACCUUAACAUUAUUUUGGAGAAUAGAAAACUUGAACAAAAAUGGUCAAAUUCUCCUUGGAAAGUGAAACUUUAAAUCCAUGGCUUUUUUAAAAAAAAAAAAAUUUCAUAAAUAAACGAAAAUAACAAUAACGUGUCUAAACUUUCGAUCGCUCUCCUGACCAAACUCUUGGAACUAUUUUUUUUUUAAAAUUACCAUUCAUAUCUUGUGAGUCUAUAAUCGAAAACCUUCGAAAAUAAAUGGUAUUUUUACUCAGAAAAUUUAUAUUUUUUUACUGUAUACCGUUAAAAGUUAGUCCAAGUGUAUGAUGAUCUAACCAAAAGUUUCUCAGGUUUUAUUUCACUUUUUAAGUACUGUAUAGUGUGUACCCACCUUCCUUAAUCGCAAUUUGUUAGAUAUAAUUCGUCUAUGGUAAGAACUCCCUCCACCUCAAAGCCUGAGGCCGUCUGCUGCUAUGGAAAUAAGAAUAGCGCAUUUCAGGGAGGGUAGUUUUUUUUACUCCAGGGCUGACACAAUAGACAGAAGAAAAAGAUUCACUUUCUCCAGCUGACCUCAGCAAUUAUCCUAACAAUUACCCCACAACCCUAAUUGAAAUAGUUAUACCUAAUUACCAUAGUCACCGCCACGGGUCCAGACGAAUGGCUAGGGGAGUUCUUACUUUAGGCAAACUAUAUUUAUUGUAUUUUUUCAUUGUUUAUGUAUUUGUUUUUCGGACCCAAUGUGUUCAUUUUUCGUUUUGUCUUCAGUUUGUACAAGAAUUCAAAAACUAUAUUUUGAGGGCGAUCAAUAUAAAACACUCUGUAUAAUACAGUGAAGGGUUCGCGUGUAUUUUUAAAGACUCAAAAAAAUAUAAUUUCAUUAAUUGUUUUAUUAUAAUAAAAUAUUUGCUUUAUCUAAAAAACAAACAACAAUGUUUUAGAAUAUUUUUGGAAAAAUUAUCAUGUGAAAAAUUUUUUUUUGGAGACCUGAUAGUAGACAGGAUUUUUGCGAUAAAUACGGCUCCUUAAAAAAAACUAAUGAAUCUGUCUUAUUAAAACCUUCCACAUUUCUCAAAGAGUAAGGAUGAUACUUUCUCCCUUAUUGCUUGUAAACAGAACAGGCGUCUCAAAGUUACGAGAAUCCACAAGUUUCUCCUUUCCUUUACAAUGGAUUCGACAUAUUUUGUUGUUUUUUCUCUCCAACGUUUCCAUAAAAAGUUGAACUAUAUUUCAGUGGAGAUAAAGCAAGAUUUGAGGAAACCAUGAUAACGGAGAAGAGAAGAGUGUGGACUCGCGUAACCUUGAGAUUACCUAAUCCAGUAACACAGGGUAAUGAUUUGUCCCGUAGGAAAAUAUUCUUAGUUGGUUGUAUUAUUGUAUAAUAUUUUUUAAGAAAGAUUUUCUUGUAUUUGAAUCUUGUGUAACCCCUUGAAAAUUAAAAAAAAAAACAUUAAUGUCAUGAAUUUCAAAACAAUUCAACUGUAUUAUAGUUUUUCAUAUGUCAUCUAUUUAUUUAGAGUCAAUCUACGUGGAUAAAUGUAUUUGUGUUUAAUAAAGAAAUCUAACAAAAA